UCUGUAAAAAUAGAUAUCAACACGAAUGUCGACGAGAGAAAAAGAGAGACGCGAGCGAUUAGGCAACGAUGGAACAACGAUAGAGGCGUGUCGUCUUCACAGUAAGAUCGCUAGAACAAAAAACACUGUAUCGCGCUUCACAUCGGAAGUGACAUCGAAAAGGAUGAUGCUGAAUGUUGUGGAUAAACGUUUCUAUCUGUUCUCGUGAUCUGCGGGAUUCAUUGUGUCGUCGACUGUCGAUCAACACGAUCUCCAUUGCGAACCACAUGAGGUGUGCCGCGUUAUUUAUCACGACGACUCCACGUGCACGAUAUGGCAGAGUUAAUGGACUUCAAACCGAACAAAAUGGUAAACGACAGGUGCAUUAAGUGGGUGAAAUUGCAGGAUUAUCCGUACACCGAGGACAUCACUGCCAAGCGAAAGUCAGUUGAACUUGACUACGACGAUUAUUACAACACAGACUCUGAGUUUGACUCAGUCUCAGUGUGCGAUGCCAAGAGACGCAGAGUGGGCACACAAUUAAAGGACGAGAUUCUGAAUCUGACAUGUGAAUGGAAGGAAUGCAGCUUUUAUAGCAAACAUAUAGAAGUGUUUCUGAGACAUGUUUCAAGUCAUAUACCUAGUAUACAAGUGAGCAUAAAGGAUGACAAUGAAGUCUACGUGUGUCAAUGGAAAGACUGCCCAUAUGACACUGAUAUAUGGGAGGAGAUAAUACGGCAUGUGAAUUACCAUGCUUAUCACACUAAGUUAAAAUCUAUUGGUUCCAAUGUUCGCAACAGAAUCAAGCUACCCAAAUGCCAUAGAGACCUAGACUGGAAGAACAUCGUGGAAACUCCACCUGCGCAUAUGUGCAGAUGGGAAGAAUGCCUGAAGAUUUUCACGAAUUACCAGAUGUACUUGUAUCACGUUACUAUACAUACGGAGAGUUACCCGCGGGGCAAUCGAGUUCAGAACGGAGUCGAAUGCAAAUGGACCGGAUGCAGCGGCAAAUAUCCGAGUUUAUAUAAACUGCGGGAUCACAUGAGAUGCCACACCAAGGAGAAGAUAGUCGCAUGUCCAGACUGCGGUGCUACGUUUGCCUCUAAGACAAAAUUUCACAUACACUGCCAACGGCAAAUUCCCAUAGAAGUACAAGGAUUCCGAUGUUCGCACUGCAAGAAGUUCUACGCAACCGAGAGAAUUCUGCGGGAUCAUAUGAGAUUUCAUGUGUUCAACUACAAGUGUACUCUCUGUGACAUGAGCUGCGAAUCGCCGGCCAGCUUGGCGAAGCACGUCAGGUAUCGGCACAUAUCGACCAGGACGUUUCCGUGCCAAUUGUGCUCUCACGCCGCGAAAUCGCAGCAGGAUCUCGAUUAUCACAUGAGUGUUCAUACCAACGGUCCAAAUUUCUUCUGCCAAUUCGAAGGAUGUCAUUUCACGUGCAAAGGGGCCUACACUUUGGACAGACACUUGGAACGAGCACAUAGUAUGAUGAUGCGAUGGUAUUGUUGUCACGAAUGUCCGAUCAGAUAUCGGACGAGUGCCAGAUUAACAAGACACCUCACAGAGGCCCAUCAGUUGCAACUGCCCAGUGGCCACAAGCGUUUCCACUAUAAACAGGACGAAGACGGAUGUUACCGAAUACAGAUGGUCAGGUACGAAGCCGUGGACGAAGAGAACGUGUCGCCCGUAGAGGAAGCAAUAUUGCCGGAUAAGAAAUACAAAAUAGAACUGAACCACGUUACGCCAUUGAUGGAAGUGAAGGUCAUGGAGGAUAACGCGAACGAGAUGGAAACUGAACAGAACUUACAAGAAGAAAUGGUAGCGAUUGAUGUUGAUGGAACUAUGCCUGUUAUAUCUAAUAUUUUAAUAUCUAUUGAUGAGGUAGACGCGAAAGGAAAUAUUAUAAAACGAGAAUUUGUCGAAACGCAGGAAACUAACGAGUUACCUCCAUCAGAGGAACCACUGUUAAUUUUAACAUAAGCUUGAUAGACUUCUUUCAUGAGAGAAGUUUUUAUAUAUAUAUAUAUAUAUAUAUAUAUUUUUAUACGGUUGCACGAUAACGCGGUUUUAUAUUGGAUAGAUUUUAUACCAACUAUAUAUUUAUUGUCCAAUUUUAUCCAAUUUUUAAUAAGAAUGACAAUAUUGAAUUUUUUUGUUGUAUCGUACUAUUCACUGAUUCUUGUUUAUUGUAUUAUAUAUAUAUAUAUAUAGCAUUUGACUACUUGUCCUAACAAACUAUGCUUACAAUAAUAAUAUUUAGAAGUGAAACAUUCACCUGUUGCAAUUUAAUUAUAUAAUGAACUGUAUGCAAGUAGGAUUUGUUUUUACAGUUGUUGAAAUAAUAUCUAGCAAUACACCAUAGUAUAGUUAUUUAUAUAACAACGAAGUUGUUAUUGCGCUGUGAUUGUAUUCUUAUAAAAGUAAUAAAUUACCUGAUGCUCAA